AGCUAAGGCCUUGGCGGUAGGCUGUGGUCCGUGUAGGCUGUAGUUAUGGGGGUGCUGUGGGGAAAGGCGGCCGGGGACAAGCCAGGCGGAGAGAACCGGCUGGCCGCACGAGAGCAUAAGGCUCUAGAGGGGACAGGGUCCUGACUCACGGGCUUACCGACCAUGCCACCUGGGCUCUUCAUUGUCCUGGAAAAGGCCUGAAGUGGAACUGAGACAAGAGGGCGCAGUUUUAAGGCUGUAAACUAGGCCCUGCUAAUUGUAAUAACAGUGCUGACUUGGCCAGGCAUUGUUCCACGGUUUAUUUUUUAAUUCUGCGACAACAGUGUGAGCUGGGCACUUUUUUCCAUUCUUCAGAGGUGGUAACCGCGGAGGAGAUAAUUCAGAACCAGCGUGGUGGCCCACUAGAGCUUCACUUCUGCGCUUGCCAGAUUAAGAAGAGUCUGGAAAGUAGUGUGGUAUAAGGACCCUUCGAAAAUCUUCCAUGAUCCUGGCUCUAGCGGUUUGUGGAGGCUCUGCAUCUCUCCGAACCGCGUAUUUAACUGUCUAGAAGGCUGACAGACUGUGUGGGCAGAAUACCCUGCAACUUAACCUCCCCCACCUCGUGAGCCAGCCCUUUGUGUGGCAGGCGUUGAUUCAGGGGCAGCAGCUGCUGCCCUUUACUGCCUGGACCCUGCCCAUUCCUAGAGUGACCCACUUAUGCAUCCCAUGAUUCUGGCUGCUGAUCUAUAAUACUCAGUUUUACCUGAUUUCUGUAUGUUGUCAUCUCGUGUCCGCCUGGUCCCCACGACAGUCCGUUCCCUGAUCUGCAGUUCUUCCCGUUCCUUCAUGGAUUUGAAAGCUCUCCUUUCAUCCUUGAAUGACUUUGCAUCCCUCUCAUUUGCUGAGAGUUGGGACAAUGUUGGAUUACUGGUGGAACCAAGCCCACCACACACUGUAAACACACUCUUCCUGACCAAUGACUUGACAGUGGAAGUGAUGGAGGAGGCGCUGCAAAAGAAGGCUGAUCUCAUCCUCUCUUACCAUCCGCCUAUUUUCCGACCCAUGAAACGCAUUACCUGGAAAAGCUGGAAGGAGCGCCUGGUGAUCCAGGCUCUGGAGAACAGAGUUGCAAUCUACUCUCCUCACACGGCCUAUGACGCUGCUCCCCAGGGAGUCAACAACUGGUUAGCUAAAGGGCUUGGAGUUUGUACCUCCAGGCCCAUCCAUCCUUCCAAAGCUCCUGACUACCCCACGGAGGGAACACACAGAGUAGAACUCAAUGUUACACACACCCAGGACCUGGACAGAGUCAUUUCUGCAGUGAAAGGAAUUGCAGGUGUUUCUGUCACUUCUUUUUCUGCGAGGACUGAUGAUGAAGAACAAACACGACUCAGUCUGAAUUGUAGUCAGCAGGCUUUGAUGCAGGUGGUGGCUUUUCUUUCCCAGAACAGAGAGUUUUAUCAGAAGACUGAAAUUCUCUCACUGGAGAAGCCUCUGCUUCUACAUACUGGAAUGGGACGGUUAUGCACACUGGAUGAGUCUGUCUCCUUGGCAACUAUGAUUGAGCGAAUUAAAAGGCACCUAAAACUGUCUCAUGUUCGCCUUGCUCUUGGAGUAGGGAGGACCUUAGAGUCCCCAGUCAAAGUCGUGGCCCUGUGCGCGGGUUCUGGGAGCAGUGUGCUGCAGGGGGCCGAGGCCGACCUUUAUCUCACAGGUGAGAUGUCCCAUCAUGAUGUUCUGGAUGCUGCUUCCCAAGGAAUAAGUGUCAUCCUCUGUGAACAUAGCAACACUGAGAGAGGCUUUCUUUCUGAUCUUCAAGAUAUGCUGGGUGCUCACUUGGAGAAUAAGAUUAAUAUUAUCCUGUCAGAAACAGACAGGGACCCUCUUCAUGUGGUAUAAUGUAUAUAGGAACAACAGGAUGAUACAGUCUACAAAUUGAUUGGCUCCCAACUUGAAUAGAUAACAUGAGUCAGUGGGGUUGGUAUUCUUCUGGAAGAGUGUCUUAGAAGGUACAUUAUUAUUUCUGGUUUCUUAUCUGCUUCACUGAAUGUACUAUAGCUCAUAAGGUAAAAUCUAUAACGUAACUACCAUUAAAGAACAAAUACUUAUAAAAAACAGAAUAUAUUGUAUAAUAUAUAUUCAUUAUAAAAUCUAGGAAUGAUGGACUAAAGUCUGUUUACUUAACAUUUUUGGGAAGUAGCUCAAGUAACCAUCUUUACUGAAUUGUAGCUGAGCUGUGUCAUUCUAGAUCUCUUUUUAAAAAUAUACUUUAAAACCUUGGGAUUAGAGCACCUACUUCUAGGUAGUAGCCUCCAGAUAGUCUUGUAUGUUCCUGUUCCUAGAUCACUAAUCUCCCACCUAAGUUUCAGAAUCAUAAUAAGAUUUAUCAGGAUGCGUUUUUUUAAUAUACGUAAUAAUUAUUCAUAUAACUAUUGCUUUAUUGCAUUUUGGGUUUACUCACCUGUAAUUUUAUUAUGAAGAUGGUUAUAAAUUAUUAUAAAGAUUGUUAGCUCUCAAAAUAAUACUGGUUCAAGAUUACUAUACAGUGUUAAUUCUGUGCCAGGCACUCUACUAGGUGCUUCAUGAACACUUUCAGUCCUUCAUAAACAAGCACGUAGGUAUUAUUUCCAUUUCACGGGUUAAAUCAGUUACCCAAGGCCAGCUACAUGGCUGGGAAGAGAAGGAGUCAGGGCCCAAAUUCAGGCAGUCUGGCUCCAGAGCCUGUGUGCUAACCCUCGUGUAUCUUUCAAAUACAUUUAUGAUGGAAUUGUUACAAGAGGUAUGGGAGAAAUCCUAAAGGGGAAAAAAAUCCAUUUAACUGUAAUUUUCUCUGGGUGGUAUGCGAGAUUUUUCUUUUUAAUGCUUUUAUACUUAUUUCUGAUUUCUCUACUGAGCAUAUUACUGUGAUAAUGACAACAGCAAAUCUUUUACAAUACUAAGAUGAGAAAGCAUAGAAUUUUGUAUUUCUUUUGUAAGGCCCUUUUCCUACCAAUCUUUUAUCUCCUGGAGGAUUUGGGAAACUAACUUAUAAAUUCUUCUUGGUAGUUUGCCUAUAAUACCGAUUCACCGUAGAAAUAACCAGUAGGAGUGAGCCUUAUGAAAUGCCCCUCAGAGUUGGAGGAGCCGCCAAGAAAGGUGGGAAGAGGACAGCUAAGUGUCAGAAGCCAAGAAGGAGAAAGCUUCAGUGAGAGAUGGUCACCUUUGUCGAAGCAGAGUAAAUGAGAUAGCAGCUUUGAGAGACUAUCUUAAUGGUAUUUCUUUACUUACUCAUUGUUUGCUUUCUGUGUGCUGGGCCCUUAGAGAUGUGGAGAGGGCAGGACAGAAAUUUGUGACGAUUUCAAUAAACUCUUAAGUAACUACGACAAAGGUAUGCAGAGGGUUUAUAGGGAAGGUCUUCUGGGAAAAAGGGGUAGAAUAAAGUCAAGAGGGACAGCUGGAACAAAUAAAUGCAUUAAAUAGAGAAACAGCACAGUAAAUUGAAAAAGCCCAAGUAAUUAAUUCAUUACCUGACAGUGGAAAUCAGGAGGCAGGAAAGGUAUGAACAGAACUGAUGAUGAAGAAAUAGCCUGAGGCCAAUGGCUCUCAAACCCUUUUUUCUUUAUAGGACACUUUUAAGUGUGAUGUGAUUUCAUCUGUAACUGUGACUGCUGACGGCAAUGAGGAGUUGAAGGUUGUAGAUGAAUUCCUUUGGUAGAGUUUUAGAAGGGGUUAGGGGAUCAAACAAUUUGUUUAUGAUUGGACACACUUACUGCCACAUAGUUUUAAGAAUGACAUUAUUACUGUAAUAUAUUUUUAAAGUUUCUUUAUUGGCAUGUUAGCAUUUCUAGAUAAUUAAAAACACCCUCAAACACAUCCUUUACAAUUUUUUAAAAAUGAAGUGUCACUCAAGAUUAUUCUUCACUUUCAGCUAUCAGAUUUUCUGAACUGUUAAUUUUAACGUGUUGAUUGCUUAGUGGUUGUCAGACUUUAAUGUGCACAAGAACAUGUGGAGACUGAGUUAAAUGCAGAUUGAUUCAGAUGCAGUAGUAGGGCCCAAGCUUUUCUUAAGACUCCCAGGAGCUCCUGAUGCUGCCAUUUUGAGGACCACACUUUGGGUGGCAGAAGUAAAGGUGGUGACCUGAGAACUCUGGAAGACUUACAGCCAAAGGGAUAUAUGCCAAAAUUGUAAAAAUCUGGUAAUGAGCUUAGUUAUACGCACACUUAAAGUUAUAUUUUCCAUAGCAUUAGUUAUUUCAAAUUUACUUUAUUCAACACAAUAAAGAUACUGUAAUUUUAAUGCUAUUAAAAUCUCAGCUGGAUAUUUCACAUUACAUCUUUGUAUCCUCUCAGCUGUCUAGCACAGACCUUUCUGCCUAGUAAGUGCUCAACAAACAUGAAUUUAAAUCAUUAAGCAACAAUUUAAAAAAUUUAAAUGUGGAAGACUCUCAUGAGUGAGAAAUCAAGUAAUUACAGAAAGCCUGAGAAAGUCAUUUACAUGACAGUGUUCAUCCCUUGUUUUUUAGAAGGGACACAACCUAUGAUGAGGCAGACUCUCAUGACUCACUGUCAUCUCUGGCAGCUACUCAGGACUAAGCUGGAAGAGUUGCCGCAUCUCCUAGAAUGCAGGAAAAUACAUUCAGAAUAAUGCUACUGGCUCCAGGUGUGAAUUAGCUAGAGGGGGCAGGUAGUACAGCUGACUCUUGAACAACACAGGGGUUGGGGUGUUGACCCUCCGCACAGUCAGAAAUCUAAGUCUAACUUAGUUGGCCCUUCGUAGGCUUGGUUUGUCUUUAUAUACCCAUGGAUUGAACCAACCGUGGAUCAUAUAGUACUGUAGUAUUUACUAUUGAAAAAAAUCUUCCUAUCAGUGGACCCACACAGUUCAAACACAUGCUGUUCAGGGGUCAGUGGUAGACUUCUAGAGUUUUGUUAGUAAUUUUUUAAGUAGAAUCUAUUAACUGUCCCUCAAACUUACUGAUCUUUUAGAUGAAUGAAAUGUUCAUGUAUUAAAACAACAAACAUGAUGUUUAAGAAAGUCCAGUUUCUGGAGUUUCACAAGAGCUGGUGUGGCCCUUCCUGCAUAAGGAGUUCAGUAUUGUGCCAAGUCUGUAGAGUGCAACUGUCUGUCCUACAUCCCCUAUUUCUUUUUUUGGCCAUUUUAUUAAAAGUAUCCAGAAAAAUU